AUGACGACGACGACGAAGGACGACAAACUACUACAAGGACACGCCGAGAACGACCCCUCCGAACGUCCACGUUCGUCGUAUCUACUCUCCUACACGAGCGCGGAGUCUUCGCGUCAUGUGCCCUACCGUCGUGUUUUCGGGACACGCGCUGACAAAUCCCUGCCAUAUCUUCCGUUCGCCUAUACUCAACCCUGCGUCUUUUCUGAGACUUCGGAUCCCAACACUUCAGUAACUUCAUUCUCAAUUUGCCUCCUAGAGAAUCAGUUUGGCCACUAUGGAGCACGAGAUCGUUUCGUCUUGGUGGUACUCAUUCUCGGUGCAUCGUUGCCUACCCCGGUCUUCUUCUCGUUCCCGUCUAAUUAUGACUAUCACGUCUGUGCCCUCGUGCCCCCCCUGUAA